AUGUCAACGAUCAAGAAAAAUGCAAAUCAGAUGUUCCUGGGCGACGAUGGUCUGGCCAAAUUGAGUGACCAGGAGCAGCAGAUCUAUGAAAGUGGUGUCCAAAAAUUCAAUAAACUAGGAUGGAAGCGCCUCACAAUCGUCCUGAUCGUGGAGGCCGUCGCACUAGGAUCUCUCUCGAUCCCUUCUACGUUCGCGACUCUUGGCAUGGUGGCGGGUGUUAUCUGCUGCGUGGGUCUUGGUCUCGUCGCCGUCUACACUAGCUACAUCAUCGGCCAGGUCAAAGUCAAGUUCCCGCACAUCACGGACUACCCCGAGGCAGGCAGGCAAAUGUUCGGCCGAUGGGGAUAUGAAAUUAUAUACAUAAUGCUAUGCUUGGAGCUGUUAUUGUCUGCUGGAUCACACUGUCUAACAGGAUCAAUCGCAUUUGUGAAUAUCACAGGGAGCAACAUUUGUACUGUGAUUUUCGGCUUCGUGUCUGCCAUCAUUUUGCUGCUAUUUGCCGUGCCACCGAGUUUCUCUGAUAUGGCUAUUCUCGGAUACAUCGAUUUUGCCUCCAUUAUCAUCGCUAUCGGGAUCACCAUUAUAGGAACUGGGGUGGAGGCCGCUCAUUCUCCUGGCCUCACAGCUGUCAAUUGGUCAGCUUGGCCAAAGGAAGGCAUUACCUUCUCAGAAGCAUUCAUCGCCCUCUCCAACAUUAUUUUCGCCUACAGUUUCGCCCUGUGCCAAUUCUCUUUCAUGGAUGAAAUGCAUACCCCUACUGACUUUCCGAAGUCUGUCUGGGCCCUUGGUCUGACUGAGAUCUUUAUAUACACUGUGACUGGCGCAUUAGUGUAUGCCUUUGUCGGCCAGGACGUGCAGAGCCCCGCCCUGCUGUCUGCCGGGAGCCUACUCAGCCGAAUUGCGUUUGGAAUCGCCCUCCCGGUCAUCUUCAUUAGCGGUUCUAUCAACACUGUAGUGUUGGGUCGGCUAGUCCACGGCCGAAUGUUCAAGAACUCCAAUAUUCGCUUCGUCAACACUAAGAUGGGGUGGAUUACCUGGCUCGCUGUCAUCACAACUCUUACAAUCCUUGAAUUUGUCGUUGCAGAGGUCAUUCCAUUCUUCAAUGAUCUCCUGUCCCUUAUCUCGUCGCUCUUUAUAUCCGGUUUCACAUUCUAUUUCCCGGCUAUCAUGUGGUUCAUGUUCAUUCGCAGUGACGACUCCUCCAUCAGCAAGACCAUAUUGUUCAGCGUGAUCAACGUCUGCAUCCUGCUCAUUGGCCUGAUUGUUCUAGGUGCUGGAACAUACUCGAGCAUUGUCGAUAUUAUUAAGUCAUAUGACGAGGGUACCGUUGGGGGAGUGUUUUCGUGCAGUUCUUAA